CUCUCGGCCCGGGAGCGGCGGGGCCGGCGGGAUCUCGCAGCCCGGGAGCGGCGGGGCCGGCGGGAUCUCGCAGCCUGGGAGCGGGGCCGCCUCGGUCCGGGAUCCCCCAGGCGCCGGACACAGUGAGUGCGCGCGCCCCCGCCUCCCGCCCGGGUCCCGACCACCCGGCCGCCUGCAGUCCCCGGAGCUGCACCGCGUCCCUCGACCCGCUGCCUGACCCCUAUCCGGAUGCUCCUCUAUCCGGUGGUCGGCACCCCGUCCUUUCAGCUACCUUUCCCUCUCCCGACAGUGGCCGCUCGCCGUGACGCCGAGAUCCGGGAGUAUGUGCAGCUCUUCUUUCUCCCUUCACCUCUCCCUCCACUCUGGACCUCUGGGUCAGACCUACUACGGGCAGGUGCUGAAGAAAUCUGCAGACCUCCAGACCAAUGCCUGUGUCACCGCAGCCAGGCCGGUCCCCAAGCACGUCUGGGAAGCAUUGCAAAAUGUACACGAAGAAAUAGUCUUGAGGUAUUAUGGCUGUGGUCUAGUCAUCCCUGAGCAUCUAGAAAACUGCUGGAUUUUGGAUCUGGGCAGUGGAAGUGGCAGAGAUUGCUAUGCACUUAGUCAGCUGGUUGGUGAGAAGGGACACAUCACUGGAAUAGAUAUGACCAACGAUCAGGUGGAAGUGGCUAAAAAGUAUCUUGACUAUCACAUGGAAAAAUUUGGUUUCCAGGUGCCCAAUGUGACUUUUAUUCAUGGCUGCAUUGAAAAAUUGAGAGAGGCUGGAAUCAAGAAUGAGAGUUAUGAUAUUGUUAUAUCAAAUUGUGUUAUUAACCUUGUGCCUGACAAACAACGAGCACUGCAGGAGGUGUACCAAGUACUGAAGCAUGGUGGGGAGCUAUAUUUCAGUGACGUCUAUGCUAGCCUUGAAUUGCCAGAAGAAAUUACAACGCACAGAGUUUUAUGGGGUGAGUGCCUGGGUGGUGCUUUGUACUGGAAGGAUCUUGCCAUUCUUGCCCAAAAAGUUGGGUUCUGCCCUCCACGUUUGGUCACUGCCAAUCUUAUUACAAUUCAGAACAAGGAACUAGAAAGAGUUAUUGGUGAUUGUCGUUUUGUUUCUGCAACAUUUCGCCUCUUCAAAUGCUCUAAGACAGGACCAACCAAAAGAUGCCAAGUUAUUUAUAAUGGAAGAAUCACAGGACAUGAAAAGGAGCUAAUAUUUGAUGCAAACUUUACAUUCAAGGAAGGUGAAAUUGUUGAAGUGGAUGAAGAAACAGCAGCUAUCUUGAAGAAUUCACGAUUUGCUCAAUAUUUCCUGAUCAGGCUAAUUGGAGAGAAGUUGCCAACAUCUGGAGGCUCUUUUGCUUUAGAAUCAAAGGAUAUCAUCACAGACCCAUUUAAGCUUGCAGAAGAUUCUGACAAUACAAAGUCUGUAUGUGUCCCUGAGGUUGCUGGAGGCUGCUGUGGCCCAAAGAAAGGCUACUGAAUCUACAGCCGACUAAGAGACCAUGUGGACUAGAGACUAAGGAGUAAUUUGCAUAAGAAAUAAUAAAUAGUAAAAAGCUACCAUGUUCAAGAUCACUGAUAAAAAUAAAUGAAUUAAUUUUAGGAAUUAUUAAUUAAAGGUUCAUAGCAAAUUA